UUUUGAGGGUGCAGCUGUUUCACAUGAAAAAUCUCCUGAAGACCUGUCGCUUUGCUAAAGAGUUGCUGGACCUGUUUGACAGCCUGCCAGGUCACCUGACAGAGGACCUUCACCUCUUCUCCAUCAAUGACCUCACUGCUGUGCGCAACGGUGAUCUGGCUCCCCGGAUGAAAGAGCUGCUUAAACUUGGUACCACGCACGUAGCUGGCUGUGUGCUGUGCCAGGCGAAGGGCUUUGUGUGCGAGUUCUGCAGCAACGACAAAGACAUCAUCUUCCCCUUCCAGCUGAACAAGUGCCAGCGCUGCGAAGAAUGCCAUGCGUGUUACCAUCGCAGCUGCUUCCGGACAGGUAAAGACUGUCCUCGAUGUCAGCGUCUGGCAGAGCGGAGAGAGAGAAUGGCACGCAAAAACAUGGAGGAACAAGAAGACGAGGGAGGCGGGACCUAGUGCUGGGGACAGAAGAAACUCGGAGACAAACGAAGUAGAGCACAAAUCGACCAUGAUUGUAGUGGCUGACCGCCUCUUUCCGUUCCAGACCUGGGUGACAAUACUCACUGCAAACAGAUCUUUUGAAUCUCAAUAAAUUGACAGAUGAGAAGGUUUUACUACAUCAGGGCAUUAGUUGUGUUAAUGUCAUGACAGUCAGGAGCAUUUAGUGUGAGCUAAGCCCCCUUCACACAAGCACUUAACUCUGUGAAUUGUGGUGGUUUCUUUGUGUCAGCUUCAUAUUUAUAGGAGACUGAAUCGAUUUUCCAUGAAAAUGUAGUGACUUUUACAGAGAAAUGUCUCAGGCUGUGCAAUUUUCUAAUGUCUGUAAUGGAACAGCUUUAAAACUAUAUUCCAACUUUUUUUCUUUAACAUUUUUCUUUAAUAGGUUCAUCCUCAAUAUUUAAUUCCUAAACCAAUUUAUAAAUUACAUUUCCUCGCACAUAAUAAUAAUGUAGGAUUUGGAAAUUUCUGACUUUGGGGACUCCUAGUGGCAGUAAAAAAAACCUCAACAACCCAGCAAUCUCCGUUGUUUCAUUAAUAUGUUUUAAAAUUAAUUUUUUCACUGGCCUGUGAGAGGAGUAAGAACACUUUUCUUCUUUGUGUCAUUCUUUUUCUUUUGUUUUCACCUUUUUUGAGCAGCGCUGCACCUGUGAUGCACAGUCCAGAAAGGUUGUUCUGUAGGAGAAAUCAGCUGUCAACACUUUGAGAAGUAGAUCAGACACAUUUGCUUGGACUAUUUUACCCAGGUUUGAUAUUACUUACAAUGCAGCUUCUGGCAACUGCUUGAACUCUGGUGAUUUUAUCGGCUACUGGCUUAGCUAGUUUUUUUUUGUGACUUAAAAUGGCAGGAAAUAUAUAUAUAUUUUUAAUUCAAAUGACAAGUAAAAGUUUAGUUCUCUUUUAUGAUUUCACUGGUUUUCAGUGCAGACACUGUAUUUGCGCAAUCCUGCCCUUUGUGCUGAGGUUUUUAUUUUAAUUAGAAAAUACUAAAGAUAUUUAACUAAUCUUUCUUUCUACCCGCUCCUUACUGUCCUGUUUUAAGCUGUUUUAGUCAGGCUUAUGUGCCUCUGGGACCAAUGAACUUAUACUGGUGGAGCAGACGGAGUUACAUUGGAAAGUUAAAUUUACUGAAGGACUGGACUUCAGAAAGGGGUUUUACAGUCAGUGUUGCUAAUGAAACUGCAGAUCCUCCAUUUUUGUGCUGCUUUGUGUGUGUGUGUGUGGUUACUAGAAGAAGCUGUGUGAAUAAGAGUGCUUGUAUUUGUAUGUGCACACAUGUCUACCUGCUGUACAUGCAGCCAUGCACAAAUGGUUUGCACCAGCCUAAUCAGCACUUGCCUGUUUUCUAAUGUACUAGGUUUUGGAUUAAUAGCAAGAGUGUAGUUAAUUGCACUGAAUCUGUCUGUCGUUGUUGCUGCUGCUGCUGUUGGGCGGGUUGAGUUUGGACGUCACUAUUUGUUUUGUUUUUGUAAUGUUCAUUUCUAAGAACACAAACCUUCACCGGGAAAUGUUACGUUUCUUCCAUGAAGCACCUGUCAUCAGCGGUGCACUACAUUGUUAAUGGUUUCAGUCCAAAAUAAGAGCCAUAUUUUAAUAGAUGAUAUUCACACUCUUAACGUGUAGCAAGAUCAUUAACAAAAUGUAUUAAUCACCUCUUGGAUGGAAAUUCUUCACAUCUUUUUCCAACAGAUCAGUAUAUUACAGUGAUUCCCAGCCUUAUUGGCUUGUGACUCCUUAAAAGAAUACUCAAAACAAUACAGCAGCCAGUUAGCUUAGCUUAGAGUAGAGACUGGAAACUUUGGGAAACAGUUAGCCUUGCUCUGUAUAAAACUGGCCUUGCAUUGCUAACUCACAAAUGAAUAUCAUAUCUCAUUUGUUAAGGCUUAUGUACUGACUAUUUCUUGGCUAGGACCAGUGAUUUCCUGGAAUCUCUGUAAAUUGCCUGGCAACUGGUUAAGCUAAGCUAACAGGCUGCUCACUAGUUCCUCUAGCUAAAUAUGAGAGAGUAGUAUCGAUCUUCGCAGCAAGAAAGUGAAUAAGCGUAUUCCUUUAAAUUGAAGCCAUGUCUACUUGUGACCGCUCAUGAGUUUUGAGCAGUAAUUUUUCUUUUUACUUUUAAGUUUUACAUGAAGAAUUUUUAGAGACUGCAAAAGGUAAAGGUUUCCAGUGUUUUACAGUAAUAAAAGAGAAAUUAAGUUUUGGUUACCCCUCAGAUUUACCGUGGGACCCAUUUGGUUCAGAACCACUAGCCUAGUUUAUAGAUAUACUUUUUCUUUCAGCAGUUACAAUGUAUUUGUACAUCUAUGGCUUAUUCUCAAUUGUUUAAUUAGAUUAGCCACCGCAGUGCGUUGGGAAAGAAAAUGAAAUUCAUGCCAUAGUUAACGACAGGAGGAAAGUUGUGGGAAAACAAAUAUGCAAACUGCUAUUUAUUUUAUUUUUUUAAGUAACAACCUAUUAAUGGAUUAGGCUCCAGAGUACAUCCUCAACAACCUUUACUUCAUGUGUACAAUUCCUGAUGAACACACUCGACUCUGAAACGCCUCGUCAGCUCAGCAGAUUGUUUGUCCGUGGACUGCCUUUAACAUGGUGGUGUGCGGAUGUUUAAAGUGCACUACAGAUUAAAGUGUUUGUUAUUAAAAAUUGUAUUUUUAAUAUUAUUGUGAUUAUUGAGUUAAUUUGCCUUUGUUCUGUAAUUAUGUUGACAAUAAAAGACUGGCCAGACUGUU